UAAUUAAAUAAGUAAAAUAGCAAGUUUUUGAUUAUAAAACACUAUAUUAUACUCUUUUACAUCAAUAUGAAAACUGUUAACAACGUUAAGUCGAACAUUAAUGAGUCUGAAUUCAAUAUGCUACAAUUAAAAGUUAGAUCUGCACCAAUACAACUUUCAUCUGAACCUUCUGAAAAAAUUUUGAAAGAGCAGUUUUCUGCUCCGUCUUAUUUACAAUCAUUAAGAGAAAAUUUAGCUCCACCAUUCAAGGUACCGGUAAAAGAAGAGAAACCGCGCCUUUUAAUUGGUAGAAUAGUAACCGAAAAUGAUGUGAUUGAAAUGAUAGCUGCAGAGAACACUGAUCCUAACAAAGGUUUGGACAAAUAUUUAGGUAAUUUUCUUGUACAAAAGAAGAUACUAUUAAAUGAUUCAUUAUCAGAAAAAUAUUUUCUCAUAAGUUUAUUGAAAGAGUGCUUAAAUUAUUCAGCACAUCGUGACUUCUCCGCAUCUAAACUAGCAUGCUUCAUUACUAUUUAUUUGGCUACCCAUAAUUAUUUUAAAUGGUACUACUGGAUGCCACCGACUACUGUAUGGAACUAUUUUAAAGAAAUUAUGAUAAGGCAUACAAUAGAGGACUCACCAGAUGGUCAAGAGGUGUUUGAACCGGAGGAAUGCUAUGAUAUACUCUCACACUUUCAUAUAAUCUACCUCACCAACUUACCUCUUAUACACAUCCUGACAUUUAGAGUUCACCGACUAAAGCUUUUAUGGCCAUUCAAGCUUAAAUGAUUGUAUGUAAUAUUAAAAGGAAUUUAUGUAGAAAAAAGUAUGUUUAAUUUAUAUUAAUAAAAGAUAAGAUUUUACU